CUCGUUUUAAAAAUUUUAUAUAUAUCGUAUAUGUAUCAUACAUGGUAUAUUCAUUUUGCUGUUAGUACUAGUUAGUACUAGGUGUGCAUAGGUGUUAAAUAUUCAAUAAUUUAAUAUAAUUAUAUUUGAAACGAAAAUCUUCCUUUGUUAUAAUUUUAAUUUUUUUAUUUAAUUGCUUGCGUCUUACAUCUUCUAUCGGAAAUGAAUUUACGAUACAAGUUCGAUAGAAAUGCGUGGGCAAUAUUUAUCUCAGCUAACUACUUUUAACAAAGCUGAUUAAAAGCAUUUUUAACAGUGUAGUAUGUUGAAAUAAUUAGGUCACUAGAUAAGAUUUUAUAUUUUUGUAACAGCAAUCGCAGUGAUUUCGCGGCAGGCAGGAUGGCAAUGAACGGAAGAAACGGAUGAAUAGCGUCGAUUAAAAAAAAUCAGUUGGUGUUGAUAUAAGUUACCAAACGAGAUGACGAAGCUUGCAUAGCGGUUACGUUACUGCGAUAAUAUUACUGACAAUGAGUAUCCGGCAAUGUGACAUUGCGUGCAAUUUUGCAAGCUAACUACUAUGCAGUGAAAUGUGAAAAACAGCAUAAUAAGAAAGAAUGGCAUAUUCUUAUAUCGUGGAAGAAGCUCCCCCCAACGAUGUUCCGAGCGUGAAGCACGAUAUUCGACGCGCAAAGAUAUUUCUUCAGAAACGCAGCGUGGAAUCGGGUGACAGUUUAUAUGGCCACUUAAUCGAGCUUUUGGCAAAAAUACUAGCUGAACGGCCACAAAAUGCUAUUGAUAUUUUUGAGGAGUAUAGCAGAAAGUUGAAGGAGGAAAGAUUUAAAUCUAAGACAGAUCAUCUUCGAAAUUUGUACAUAUCACCUAUACAAUACGACGAUGCAAAGAGAUUUAUUAAACUCUUUCAACCUGUAAAGCAGAUUGACGAAGGCAAACAAGAAAGCCUGGAGGACGGGGACGAGGACGAUAAGGAAAAGAAACUUCCCAACAUGUUAAAACUUUUCUUCUACUUUGAGCAGACGGGUGUAGGAUUGCCACGACACGAAGUGAUGUUGCUUAAUUUAUCAAUUCGAAAAUUUGCAUUGACAAUGCCGCUUAAAAAUAUUAGAUUUUGGGGUAAAAUACUUGGUAAACCUAAAAAUUACUAUGUACUGGAAGCUGAACUUGAGACGGAUGAGCUUGUUCGCAGAUUAGAGCAAGAGAAAUCUGAAGUACAAUUGGAAGAAUUUGGAAGAAAGGAAGAAGAAGUCGAAAUUGAAACAGCGAUGAAAGAAACGGAAAUAAAAGUCAAAGAAGGAGACACGAAGGAAACAGCUAAAACAAUGGAGAGUCUGUACAAACAUACGUUAGAAGGGAAACCAUUGGAGCUUGCCUUUCCAUCACUACCUAAGCUUAAUCUAUGGAGAUUGCCAGAAAUACCUAUCGAAAGAAUUGGGAGUGGCCUUAAUAAAAAAGUAUAUUUUGUAUGCAAUACACCUGGGUUGGACGAGUGGAUCGAACUUCCAAUGGUUACACCACAGCAGAUAGUAAUUGCACGACAGAUUGUUCGAUACUGCACGGGAAACUUGGAGACACCGAUUCCAUUGUUUCCUGGUACUGAAAAAAAUUAUCUUCGUGCACAAAUUGCAAGGAUCAGCGCUACCACUCAUAUUUCGCCGAUUGGUUUUUUCAUUCUCAGUAAAGAAGGCGAGGAUGAAGAAAUAGAAGGAGAAAGAGAGAAAAUUUAUAUACAAGAAGAGUUAUCAGAAAAUGUUCAUUAUCGAUCUUUGCCAAUUAAGGAUCUUGUAGAUCCCUCCAUGUUAAAUUGGUGUCAUCAUAGUCCAUAUAUUCUCAAGCAAGGACGAAGUGUCUGGUGGAAUUCCAACAAGGAAGAAAAAAUUAAAGAAGAAGAAGUAGAAAAAGCAAAAGUAUAUAUGAUGGAGAAAGAAAUUGGGCCACCUCUCUUGAUUCCUUUGUCCGAAGAUGCUAUCGAUGAUUCUGUGAUACCAUGGACUGCUAGACAAUCGUCAUAUAUACAACCAGACAUUGCAAUUGCUUUUAUCAGAUCGAAUAUUUGGCCUGGAGCAUUUGCCUUUGCAGCCGGGAAACGCUUCGCUAAUGUGUACAUUGGUUGGGGUUACAAAUACAACGCGUAUAAUUAUAGUCCUUCUGACAUGCCACUUGUUCAAAAUCAGUACAAAAUUGGACCGGAUAUUAUGGAAAUUCGUGAUCCUAUCGAAGAAGAGGCAUCAAGUGAUUAUUUAAAAGAAAUAUAUAUAUUCUUAUAUAAUUAUAAAAUGACUGUUUCAGCAUGCAAAAAGAAAAGUUGUUAG